AUGAAUCUAGAGAAAGAAUGGAUAAUCCGAAUAUCUAUGGGCUUGAUAGGAGCGCUUACUCAUGGCCUUUCUGUCACUCCGCAUGCGUUACUUCAUAUUGGGUUAGAUCUGGAGCGAUUUAUUCUAGACAGACUAGUGAGAGUAGAGGCCACAGGAUUUGGCACAGCUCUUAGGGCCAAAAUAGCAGAUACUUACAGAGCAUUUUCUUGCUAUGGGAUGGUCACACCUCUUAGGAACACUUAUUACAGGAGGAUGGCAGAGCAUUCCAUGUUGACAGAAGGUCAAAAUGCGCAUGCCUUUCUGAUACUCGAUGCAAAGAUAGAGAUAGACAACUUCGAUCUAAUAAUGAGAGAUAGAGCCCUCCUCCUUGGAUUCCGACAGCUGUUGAAAGUGCCUGAUGAGGUAAAAAAGAUGGCUCCUCUGAACAUACCUGGUCCACAUGAAUCUAAUCCGUCAACAACAUUCAGAAGAAUUCUAAUGGCCUCCUCCACAAAGCCCCAGGUGAUUUCCAAGCCUGUGGAGGCGUCCACUAGUAUGACCUUCUGGAAAGAGUGUCGGGAUAGAUACACACUCAAAAGGGCCUCCUCUGACAAAUCCACAUCCAUUAAGGCAACCAUCACGAAACCUGUCCAGAUAAAGGAUCAUUUGGACCUCCUGAUAGGGAAAAGUCGCACUGUAACCUAUUUAAGUGUCUACAAUAAGAAUUAUCAUGAGGAAACAUUCAAGAGAAUGAAAACACCUCCAGGGACACUGCUAAUCUCAAACAGCUCAGUGACCUGUCCUGAACAUGAUGUAAAUGCUUUUCUGGUGGACAUGCGGAGCAUGAGUUCCUCCACUUGCAAUAAGAUCCCCUAUUUGAGUUCAAUCGGAAGGACCUGGAUUUCGACAAGAGGUGGUACCACAUGGGUUGGAGUUACUAUGUUAGACGCCAACCUCACAGUGUUAACUCAUCAGGCUACAUUAUUUCCUGAUAGGGCAAUGGAAUCGUGUAAACUCACGGAAAGGAACUUAGCUCUCCACCGUCUCAAUGAGACAGCGUGGAUAAGCAUAACUACCAAAGGGCACCCGAUGACUCUUGCAGAUCUUUUUGAUGAGUAG